AUGCUGCCAGAUUAUCCCAUGUACACCAGCGCCGAUACAACCCGGCUAGUUCACAACCUUGAGCCGGCUCCGGGCAUACGGUUCUCCAGCCGCAAAGCCGCGCCAACAGAACGGUCCGAAGAUGUGGCGCCCCUCGAUCAAGAGCUAGGUGCUAUUGCAGAUGUGUUCGCUCAUAAGUCUGGGGUGAACUGCUUGGCUAUUGAUCAAUUCGAAGGCCGAUAUAUGAUAUCUGGAGGUGCCGAUCCAUCGAUUCAUCUUUGGGACCUUGAAUCAAGAGGCUCAGAAGCUGAACAUGUUCAUCAGUCUUGUGCGUCUGUCAGCAAAUCUUCUCACGUUGACGCGCAUACACAUGCGAUUACCUCGCUUUCAAUAUACCCAUUUGAUCCAGUCCCAUCAACAAUCUUUUCGACGGCACAUGAUGGUACGUUGAAACUGUCGGCGCUACAACCCCCAGCUAUCAUCCCUGUACAUACAUUCAGUCUCGAUUGUACACCAUACUCGCACUCAUUCUCCUCCAAGCCUGGGUCUACACUACUCGUCGCAGUAGGCACAUCUGACCGAUCAGUCCGGCUAGUGGACUUGCGGUCUGGAUUGUCGACGCAAGGACUCCCAGGCCACAAUGGCGCAGUGUUAUCGGUAGCAUGGGCGCCUCACCGACCGUAUCUCUUGGCUUCUGCUUCAGUGGACAAUCGGGUGAUCAUAUUUGAUGUCCGUCGCGGAGGUCAUAAUUCAGCCAUCGCGACCUUAGAUAUGGACGAUCCAGUAGGACUGGUGGCUCCGGGGACAGGGCCAGUACCCGCCUCAUUUGAGAGCCGCGCAGCAUUUUCUCGAAGUGCUCGUGCCCAUAACGGGCCCGUGACUGGAGUCCGAUGGACAUCUACUGGCAGCCACAUCGUAACAACCGGACAAGACUCACGGAUCCGAGUCUGGGACUCUGCGACAGGCGCCAACACUCUAGUUCAUUUCGGUCCUCGCGUCCGCAAUGCCUCUUCCUCGCACCUGGCUGAACGGGUACCGUUGAUUGUGCCAAGAGGCGCCAUGAGUCCAGGGAACGAGACGUUGCUGUGGCCGAACUUCAAUGAGCAGGAUGAUCGUGGAGAGAUUUUCAUGUUCGGGCUGCGUGAGGGGACAUUCAUCAAGCGUCUUCGGGUCCCGGGUCUCAUGGCCGGGUCACAGCAUGUUCGGGGCCGGUCGAGUGCUUUGAGCGCUGCGCGUAUCAACGAUCUCGUCUGGCGAGGUAAUGGUGCCUCUGGAGGGGGAAUCGAGCUGUUUUCUGCGCACGGCGAUGGAACGAUCAGGGCCUGGGUGUCUCAUGACCCAGACGGCGAACCGAGCGAAACAGAAGAAGCAGCCCAAGCGGAUCGCAAGAGGAAGCGGGAUGUUCUUGACGAGAUCUACCAUGGUUUUCUUCGGCCUGAUCAGUCCAGCCUACGAGGAUAG